AUGUCCUACGGCAGGCCCGCCCAGUCCAAGGCGCAGAACGAUGCCAACGCCCGCAUCCUGAGGACGCUCGUCAAGCACCCGGACAACAAGGUCUGCGCCGACUGCAAGCGCAACGACCCGCGCUGGGCCUCGUGGAACAUCGGCUGCUUCCUCUGCAUCCGAUGCUCGGGCAUCCACCGAUCCAUGGGCACCCACAUCAGCAAAGUCAAGUCGAUAGACCUCGACAUCUGGACGCCCGAGCAGAUGGACUCGAUGCAAAAGUGGGGAAACAAGAGAUGCAACCUCUACUGGGAGGCGCACCUCAAGAGCGGCCACGCCCCUCCGGAGCACAAGGUCGAGAGCUUUAUCCGCAGCAAGUACGAGUCACGACGCUGGGCCAAGGACGGUCCGCCUCCCUCGGAUCCUUCCACCCUAGACCCGGACUCGGCCCCCGCUGCGGCACCUCCUCCGGCCCCGGCUGCCGCCUCGAGCCGUCAGCCCGCAGCUGGGCCUGCACCGGCACGCUCCAACCCGAUCGACCUGCUCUCGGAGGCGACACCAGACCCUCCGGCCGUCUCUGGUGGCAAGUCGAACCUGCUGGACGACGUUCCGAACGCCACCAGCUCUCGAUCCGGAGCGCAGCCCGCCGCAAAGCAAGCUGCCCCGCCCGCAGCUGCGCCCAAAGCCUCUGGCGGCGGCGGCGGCAUCUUCGACCUGGAUUGGCACGAGCCUGCAGGAGCCACGUCGGCCACGAGUCCGAGCUCGCCGGGCGUCGGCGCUGGCGGUGCUCCGCGCGCCAAGAACGACAUCAUGAGCCUGUUCGCGGCCAAGCCCGCUGCGCCUCCUGCGAUGCCCGCCAGCAACAGCGGCUCUGGUGGCUUUGGUGACUUUGGCUCGUUUGCCAGCCCGACUUCUCCGCAGGCAACGACGACGGCGGCGGCGGCAAGCAACACGGCGAGUGCGGGCUUUGGCGGGCUGAGCUCUGGCUUCGCCGGCCUGGAUCUCAACUCGAACGGGGCGGCUGCCGCUGCGAGCCCCUGGGCUCAGCCGGCCCCUGCUACGACGUCGAGCUCGUCUGCAGGCGGGGGCAACGGCCUGUUCGACACGCAGGACGUCUGGGGGUCGAGCGGCAACGGCACGUCGACGCAGCAGAGCAAGCCUGCGCCGCCAAAGAACGACGCGUUCGCCGAUAUCUGGGGCGACUUCAAGUGA